AUCAGCCAUCAGUCCUGGUGGCUUGGGCUCGCAUUUAGUGUUAUCCGCGGCCGACUUCGGUUCCUUCAUUGAUACAUGUGCUCACCUGCUAUAAGACCGACUCGGAGCUCACUUAUAGGUGCUCACUGAUUGACUUCACGUAUAUAGCUUUACUCCUCACGACACCCCUCGAUCGUAGCAACCCCUCUUCAUACUUCUACUCAUAGGCACCCCAGAGUACCACCUCUUGCCCUCUUCUUCUCCUACAUACAGCUACUCCGGAGUACCGCCACAAUGGCCGGACACCAAGGCCCCUACGACCCCCAAAUCCACGAACGCGACCCCCGCUGGACAGCCAUCGACAAAUACGCAACCAGCCACCUCCACAACUCCAUCCCCUCCGAAGCCUCCCUCACCGCGACCCUCAUCAAUUCCUCCACCAAUGGCCUCCCCGACAUCGCCGUCUCCCCCUCUCAGGGCAAGCACCUCAUGCUCACAGCACGCUUGAUAUCCGCGCAACGCAUCCUCGAAGUCGGGACCCUUGGCGGCUACUCAACCCUCUGGCUCGCGAACGCCACGCCCACCACCCGCGUCACCUCCGUCGAGAUCAGCCCCAAACACGCGGCCGUAGCUCGAGAGAGUCUCCAGAAAGCUGGUGUGGGCGAGCGGACCGAGGUGCUGGUCGGGGCAGGCCUCGACAUCCUCCCGAAGCUUGCGGCGGAGGUACACUCCGGGAAGCGGGAGAAGUUCGACCUCGUCUUCAUUGACGCGGAUAAGGAGAACAACUGGGCGUAUGCGGAUAUAGCUGCGGGCAUUAGCCGCAGCGGGGCGUGCCUGGUUGUGGAUAAUGUGGUUAGGAGGGGGGAGUUGGCCAAUGAUAAGACGGAGGAUUCGAGGGUGCUGGGGAGUCGAAGAGUCGUGGAGAAUGUGGGGAAGGAUCCUAGGCUGGAUGCGACUGUGCUGCAGACAGUUGGGGAGAAGAGCUAUGAUGGGUUCUUGUUUGCGGUUGUGAAGUGAGGGGAGGAGUGGCUAGAUGGAAGAUUUCUCGGGGUCUCGAGUUAGGGGGUAUCAUUGGUUAUAGAUGUUGACGAUGAUAGAAUCGAGCAAUCCGUCCAUGGCUCUAGCUACAUUUCUUCAGAUUCAUGCUAAUAAACCAUUCGUCUCUACAGCACCGCAAGCAGUGAUGAAGAGUGUA